GGCACAUAUCUGGUGCCGGGCUGGGGAUGCGCCCGGCCAGGGCCCAAGGCAGACAGCCAGUCCCGCCCGCCUCCCUUGUCUGCUUGCACUGCUUCUCCCCCCCCUCCCUCUCUCCCCGAUCACCAUGUUCUCUCUUGCCACUCGUACUGCCGCCUCCUCGGCCGCGCGCGCCGGUGUCUUCCGCGCCGCCGUCCCCCGCGCCAGCUACUCCGUCAUGUCCAACAACGAUGAUGAGUACUGCAACUUUGCCGAGCUCAUGGUCUCCGUCGACCGCGACGAGGGCACCGCCACUGUCACCUUCGCCCGCCCGAAGUCUCUCAACGCCCUGUGCGAGAGCAUGAUGACCGAGCUGAACCGCGCCUUCAAGAUGCUCGAUGCCGAUGACUCCGUCCGUGCUAUCGUCCUCACUGGUGACAACGUCUCCUUCGCCGCCGGCGCCGACAUCAAGGAGAUGGCCAAGCAGACCUACCCCGAGGCCCUGCGCGUCAACUUCCUGGCCCACUGGACCGAUGCCUUCAAGAUCUCCAAGCCGGUGAUCGCCGCCGUUCGCGGCCACGCCCUCGGUGGCGGCUGCGAGGUUGCCAUGAUGUGCGACAUCAUCUACGCCAGCACGGACGCGCGCUUCGCCCAGCCGGAGGUCCGCCUCGGCACCAUCCCCGGUGCCGGUGGCACCCAGCGCCUGGUCCGCGCCGUGGGCAAGUCCCGCGCCAUGGAGCUCUGCCUGACUGGCGAUGUCCUGACUGCCAACGAGGCCUGCUCUCUGGGUCUGGUCAGCAAGGUCUUCCAGCCUGAUGAGGUCCUCGGUGCGGCCCAGAAGCUCGCCCGCAAGAUCGCCUCCCAGUCCGCCCCGGUGGUCAAGCUCAUCAAGGAGGCCGUCAACGCCUCGCAGGAGAUGUCCCUCGAGGCUGGCCUCGCCUACGAGCGCCGCCUCUUCCAUUCUACCUUCUCCCUGGACGACCAGAAGGAGGGUAUGGCCGCCUUCAUUGAGAAGCGCCCUGCCAAGUUCACCAACCAGUAAGGACCUCCAUCCUGGUGCACGACCUCAGUGACCGGACGAGGGGAUGGAAUGCCUUUCAUGCUUUCUCCCCUCGCCCAUGCGCGGCUGGACACCCGCGCUGCUGGGCAGGGGAGAAAGCUCGACAGAGAGGUGCUUCUCGUGUGCGCGUGCGCGCGCGCGCGCGCCCCGCAUUUCACCAUCCUUUUUUCCGCCCACCGCCUCGUGCGCACGGGGCCAUCUCUCAUGCCAUUGGGCCAGGCCCUGUCUGGUCGCUUAUGUCCCUGGCCGUGUCCCCCGUGCUGUGAAACAAAUACACCGCACACCUGUUCCCAA